CGUCGCAGAGUCUCACUUUCGUGGCCUCGGACUCCCGGACUCACCGCAGCCCAGCAGCAGCGCUCGUCGGCCGUCUCGGAUUCGUGGUCGGAUCGGAAAGUUUCUGCUGCGCCCCCUCGGCCUCGCGCUGCCGCCGGUACCUGCCGCGCGCUUCCCCGUUUGCGGUUUUCGAAUUGGUGACCAACUGAGCUCGGGAGGCGGAUUGUGCUCUUCGGGGCGGGCCGCCCCGUAGGGUUUGCGGUCAGUGUGGUCGGGCUCGGUGUGAUGAUGAUGGAGUACCUGGCCGAAGGGGAGAGGAUGGAUGGCACGUCAGGCCUGCAGAACCUGGGGUCGGAGAGGGAGACGUGGAUUGACGAGGAGGUGGAGGCGCUGCUAGACGUUUGGGGCGAUACGUACAUUCACGUGAAGCGGGAGAAUUUGGGGAAGCGGCAUUGGGAGACGGUGGUGCGCGAGGUGAACGCGCGGCUGACGCACCAGCGGGAGCAGCCGCAGAUGAAGAACAAGAUUGACUCGCUGAAGAAGCGGUAUAAGCGAGAGAAGCUGAGCAAGGGCGAGAGCGACCGGAGUUUGAUCACGUGGAAGUGGUACGAUCGGUGCGACAUGCUGUGGGGGACGCCGAAGCGGGAGAUGUGCGGCAUUGGCAUUGGCCCAGUGGGCGGGGUACACCCGCUCCAGCAUCGCGUGGAGGCCGCCCAUGCCCAUCCGGCGGACGUGAUGCACCACCAGGACAGCGGCCGGUUGGUUCCGUUUGUGGCCGCGAUGCAGCCCGAGGUUAAUGGCGAUCACCAGGGCGUGAACGUGAAGGACGGUGCGGCGUCGAGGAUCGGCGAUUGUCACGAGGAGCAUUGUCCUCCGCGUGCCGAUCAGGCUCCGCCGUCUCCGUGCACCCGUUGCCGCGGCAAUGCGGGUGUGGAGCCCAGCAGAGAGAACGUGAAGCGCAGGAAGCUGGGGACUGGCAUCACGGCUGCGAACCUGGCGAAGAUCGUUCAGGGCUUCGCAGACACGUGCGCUCGCGUGGAACAGGCGAAGAUGGAGAUGAACGUGGCCAUGGAACAGCGGCGGCUGGAGUUUCUGGAGAGGAUGGAGCAGAGACGGCAGGAGAGCGAGGAUAGGCACAGGGAGAGGAAGCUGAAGAUGGAGGAGCGGCGGCUGGAGCUGCAACAGAAGCUGGCGGAUCAGAAGCUGGAGAUGCAGGAGAAGCACAUGGAGAGACGGGAGAAUCUGAAGCUGGAAAUCAUGCGCCUGCGGCUGCAGGCGAUAGGGCAGGGGAACAAGGCGCCCGUGAUGGAGCAGCAGGCGGUACAGACGUGCGAGAAGUUUAGCAGCUCGAACAUCACGACGUGCAUUUGAGUGUCCGGCUGCACGCAUGCGUGUAGAAAUCUUUCAACUCCUCGGUCUCGUGGUACGCUUGUCGAUAUAUAGUGCUAUUUGUGUACAGGAAGGCAGUGCGACGCUUGCAGAUAAGCUCGGGUCAGGAAGUCGCACCGGCCCACCGCAGUGUCCCGUUCCCUUGGACGUGUGUUCCAGCGCCAUCGGGGGGGGGGGGUGGGAGCGAAGACGAGGAGAGGAGCUGUUUGCAGGGUGAAGUUCCUGCACAGGAGCUUGCACAUAUUUGGUGUCGCUUGCCCACGUCGGGGAAGAAGGUGGCGUCGACACUGUGAAAAGCAAGUUUUUUGAGGGGACGUGACGGAGGGCGGUGCGUCGGGGUUGUACUGCUGGCCGAGAAGAUCCUGGUUUGUACGAUCUGUUGCGGAGCUCGUGUCGUGUGGGAUAUUGUAUAUUUGGUCCGUAGUGUAGGAUUAAGCAAGUGCCCUGGCGAGGAAGGACGAGGUUCUUCAGAGUGGAGACAGGACAUGGCAAUUCCUGAGAGGAGGGGUGUUAUGCGAAUUGAGAGUGUGUGUGACGGUGCUUCGAAUCACAUAAUUGUAUCCAUCUUCUAUGUUGCA